CCUCUAAUAACGCAAAUACAUAGAGCAUUGUGUUCAUCAGAUUGCUAGCGGAGUCGGUCCUGGUCUGCAGAGGCGUCUUCAUCGCGCCCUGUGGUAUCUGGAAUGMGCUCGCCAUCCCGUUAGGUUUUCGACGACUGUGCCGCGGACAACUGCCUUCGUUCGCCAUCGCUUCUGUUCGUUCUUGCGUUUCUCCUCCUGYUGCAUUGCACGCCGGCGACUGAUCGUUGCAGUUGGUGGUCUCGGUCGUCUGGUUUGUCUGCCCCGCGUGUGCUCGACUUCCCGUAGGCGAAAAUGAGGGAGUGCAUUUCCAUCCACAUUGGCCAGGCGGGCAUCCAGGUUGGUAACGCCUGUUGGGAGCUUUACUGUCUCGAGCAUGGAAUCCAGCCGGAUGGCCAGAUGCCGAGUGACAAAACUGUCGGUGGGGGUGAUGAUGCUUUCAAYACAUUCUUCAGCGAGACUGGUGCUGGGAAGCAUGUCCCCAGGGCUGUAUUCCUCGACCUUGAGCCGACUGUCAUCGACGAAGUGAGGACUGGAACCUAUCGCCAGCUGUUCCAUCCGGAGCAACUGAUCAGCGGCAAAGAAGAUGCUGCCAACAACUUCGCCCGCGGGCACUACACAAUUGGGAAGGAGAUUGUCGAUCUCUGCCUCGAUCGCAUCAGGAAGCUCGCGGACAACUGCACGGGUUUGCAAGGAUUUCUCGUCUUCAAUGCUGUUGGCGGCGGGACAGGGUCUGGCCUCGGUUCCCUUCUUCUGGAGCGUCUCUCAGUCGAUUACGGAAAGAAGUCAAAGCUUGGCUUCACCGUGUACCCUUCUCCCCAGGUCUCGACAUCCGUGGUUGAGCCAUAUAACAGCGUGCUGUCGACUCACUCGCUUCUCGAGCACACGGACGUUGCUGUGCUUCUGGACAACGAGGCCAUUUACGAUAUUUGUCGUCGAUCUUUGGACAUCGAAAGGCCAACGUACACCAAUCUCAACCGAUUGGUUUCACAGGUGAUCUCUUCGCUGACCGCGUCGCUGAGGUUCGACGGUGCGCUGAAUGUCGAUGUCACGGAGUUUCAGACGAAUCUUGUGCCGUACCCUCGAAUCCACUUCAUGCUUUCGUCCUAUGCCCCCGUUAUUUCUGCCGAGAAGGCUUAUCAUGAACAGCUGUCCGUGGCGGAAAUCACGAACAGUGCCUUCGAGCCGUCGAGUAUGAUGGCCAAGUGCGACCCGCGCCACGGAAAGUAUAUGGCCUGCUGUCUCAUGUAUCGCGGGGAUGUCGUGCCCAAGGACGUGAACGCCGCCGUCGCCACCAUCAAGACGAAGCGAACCAUCCAGUUCGUCGACUGGUGUCCAACCGGUUUCAAGUGCGGAAUCAACUAUCAGCCGCCGACGGUGGUUCCCGGAGGCGACCUUGCCAAGGUGCAGCGCGCCGUGUGUAUGAUCUCCAACUCGACCAGCGUCGCGGAAGUCUUCUCUCGAAUCGACCACAAGUUUGACUUGAUGUACGCCAAACGCGCCUUCGUGCACUGGUACGUCGGUGAGGGCAUGGAGGAGGGAGAGUUCUCGGAAGCGCGGGAAGAUCUGGCGGCGCUCGAGAAGGAUUACGAAGAAGUCGGAGCGGAAUCGGCGGAGGGAGAGGGAGAGGAGGAGGGAGAGGAGUACUAGAAAAAGUGUUUGUUUUCUGCCCAAAACUCUCGACACUUGUUAGUUCCAAGGCGUUCUGGCAUCGAUGUCGGGAAAUUAGCAGUUGAAGGUUUUAAAGUAGUGCAUCCAGAUUAGUACUGUUCUGUCGGGGCUGUUAUGGUCCUGAUCCAACCCAAGCAUUGGGAAGUGGUCAAGUGGGAUGUAAUCAGCGCGAAUCCAGUGAACAAUUGAAGCUUACGAGCGGUCAAUUUUUAUUCCUUCUGUGUUUUAGUGUUUAGACUGUCUUGUGUAGAAACUGCGAUGGUGAUUGGUAGCUUCUGUGCGGUGUUGGGCAUUGGCGGGUAGGGGGCCAGGAAGAAGGUGGUCUUCAUAUUGACUUAUUGGUGAACUGACGAUCUUGAUCUUGAUAUCAUCGCUUCGGACAAAUUGGUCAAUAAUUUUAAAGGUAGCUACACGCGGAGGAAUUUUUGUAAUUAAGGCUCCUGCACUGGAGAAUGUUUUCUAUAUGUAAUGAUAGUCUAUCGGCAGGCCGGACUCGAUGGUGUCUUGGUUUUUGUGAGUUGGCAAGUUUUGUUUUGAUUGGGUAUAGUGGGUGCUUUCCGUUUGCUCUAUGAACUGCGCGUCGUCAAGACGUUCUUUGAAGUACAUCCAUUGCAUUGCUCGUCUGAAGUAAAUAGUUUCGGAUGUAGUUUUGUAAUGGAAUUCUGUGGAGAGGACCGGCGUUUGUUAUCUAAUGCAUGAUAUGUUGAUCUUGCGCUUGCUGGGUUUAUGUUGCUCGAAUUUGUAUUCGGAUCGUGCUUUUGUUUUUGCAACCCUGGUCUCGCAGUUUCGGCUCUCGCUUUUGUUAUUCCAACCCUGGUCAUAUUUUUUGGUACGAUUUCGGUAACGAAUUGUCGAGUAAUGUUGUGAUUUUUUUGCCUGAGAACUCUGGUUUUUGGGUUUUUUGGUUCUUCGGGUAUCUUGCAAGAUGUGAACAAGUUUUGUUACAGCUCAUUUGAUGUGCCUAUCUUCAGGAGUGGUAGAUUCGUGGUGUGCAGGUCUGUGAGAUGGCGAAAUAUGCAUGGUCGGAUGUGUUCUCGUUUGGCGAAGCUCGAUUUAGUUCUGUGUAAUCAGCUCGGAAGAACAGAUUUCAGCUCUCGCGUAUACGUUGUGUUUUUGAGAAAUCAUUUGACAAACGUCGCGUCUUUGGAGUAAAAGGUAUCACUACUC